AUGGAGCUUGGAUAUAACAAAUUUCAAGGACCCUGUCCUAGUGAAUUAUGUUAUUUAUUGAACUUAGGACGAUUAAGUUUGAGCAGCAAUCUGCUUUCUGGUAGACUUCCUAGUUGCAUAGGGAAUAUUACUUCCUUAAGAUAUCUAUAUCUGGACUCCAACAAUUUAAGUUUUAACUUGCCCUCAAAUUUGUGGAGACUCAGGGAUAUCUUGGAGCUCAAUUUGUCCACAAAUUCUUUCAGCGGUUCUUUUUCCUCUGAAAAUGAAAAUUUGAAGGCACUAAUAACUGUGGACCUGUCUGUCAAUAACUUUUUUGGAGAUAUUCCCACAGCCAUAGGAGGACUACAGAGUUUACAGGCACUAUCCUUGAAGCAUAAUAGGCUGCAAGGAUUUAUUCCGGAAUCUAUGAAGAAUAUGUUGGAAUUACAGUAUCUGGAUUUGUCAUUUAACAAUUUGACUGGUGAAAUUCCCAAUUCACGGGAAGUACUCCAGAAUCUUGUAUACUUCAAUGUGUCCUUCAACAGAUUUAGAGGACCAAUUCCACAUGGAGGACCUUUUGCCAACUUUACGAAGCUAUCUUUCCUCUCAAACGAAGCAUUGUGUGACGCUCCUUGGCUCCAACCUUGUCAAACUUUGGAACAAAGUUCAAGGAAAAAGACAGUCUUGUUUGUGUUGUUGGCACUUGGAUCAGCAGUUGUAGCCAUGGUAGUUUCGUUUUUGGUGAUAAGAAAAUGGAGAAGAAAAAUUAUGUCUCCGUCUAACUUAGAUCCAGAUACAACAUUUGAGAGGGUAUCAUUCCACGAACUCAGACAAAUAACAAACGGGUUCAGUGAGAGUGCAUUACUUGGCUCCGGAACCUUUGGUUCUGUUUACAAAGGAAUACGAGAAAAUGGGAUGACUUGGGCUAUAAAGGUUUUCGAUUUGCAGCUCGAUGGUGCAUUUAAAAGCUUCAACAGGGAAUGUGAAGUCUUACGGUGUCUUCGUCAUCGUAAUUUGACUAUGGUCAUCAGUGCUUGCUCAAACCCUGACUUAAAAGCUUUGAUACUUGAAUACAUGCCCAAUGGAAGCCUUGAGAAACGGCUUUAUUCAGGCACUCAUAUCUUGAACAUCAUGCAAAGACUAGACAUUAUGAUAGAUGUAGCUUGUGGUUUGGAAUAUCUCCACUAUGGUUAUCCAACUCCUGUGAUUCACUGUGAUUUGAAGCCCAGCAAUAUCCUACUAGAUCAAGAUAUGGUUGGUCAUGUUUGUGACUUUGGAAUUGCAAAGUUGUUGGGAGAUGGAGAAAGUGUGGUACAAACAAAGACUCUCGCUACAUUCGGAUAUAUUGCCCCAGUUCAUCUUCAAGAUGAACCAGUCAAGAAUAAGAUAGCAUGCAUAUCAUCUAUCCUGGAACUUGCUUUAUGUUGUACAGCAGACGCUUCUAAGGACAGAAUGACCAUGAACGAUGUCCUAAAGCACUCCAGAAGAUUAAACUUCAAUUCUCUGGGGCUCAAGCCUUUGAAGCAGGUAGCUUUUUAA